AUGGUUUCAGCUUUAUCUUUAAUUGCAAUUGCAUCAUUAGCUGCGGCUCUUGACCUUGAAUCUUUAUUCGGUAGUCAAUAUCCUGUCAAAUAUUGUAAUACUUUCAAUGCUCCUUACACUUGUGAAAACAAAACCGAAUAUUCCAAUGAAUGUUGUUUCGAAAAGGAUGGGUUUAUGUUAUUAGCUCAAUUUUGGGAUUACGACCCAAGUUUAGGGAAAUUAGUUUCUAAUUCAACUACCAAUUCAACAUCAACUAAUUCAACAACUAAUUCAACUUCAAGUUUGAAUUCUACUGAAUUUGCUGGAACAGAUUCAUAUGAAUGGGGAAUUGGUUAUUUCGGUGAAUGGUUAAAAUCUCAAUGGUCAAGUCCAACUAUCGAUCCAUCAAGUCAUAUGCCAAUUGAUAAAUCUUUCACCAUUCAUGGUUUAUGGAGUGAUAAGUGUGAUGGUACUUGGGAACAAUACUGUCAACCAGAUUUAGAAGUUCCUGAAGAUGCUGAUUUGGAAGAAUUAUUAGUCAAUGAUUUCAAUAAAGAAGCCUUAUUUAAAUUAAUGGAAACUUAUUGGGUUAAUACUGCUGAUUCUAAUGUCGCUGGUGAUUCCAAUCAAAAAUUAUGGCUUCAUGAAUAUAACAAACAUGCUACUUGUAUGAAUACCGUUAAUCCAUCAUGUUUCACUGAUAGUUAUAAAGAACAUGAAGCUGCUGUUCUUUUCUGGCAAAAAGUUACUCAAAUUUGGGAUUCUUUAAAUACUUAUGAAUUCUUGUCUGCUUCAGGUAUCGUUCCAACUACAGCCAAACAAUAUAAAUUGUCCGAUAUUCAAGAAGCUUUAAGUAAAUUCCAUGGUGAUAAAGAAGUUCACGUUGGAUGUACCAAAGCUGGUAUUAUGAAUGAAAUUUGGUACUAUUACUUAUUAAAAGGUAGUGUUUUCACAGGUACUUAUAAAUUUGAAGAUGCCCUUGGUUCAAGUACUUGUCCAGAAUACGUUUGGUACAUUCCAAAAUAA